UGUGCUUGUUUAUUAAAGAACACUUGUGCACAGUAUUUAAUAGAACAUCUAUACUUAUUUAUGUCUUGAUGACAUCGUGUGUCAGCUGAUUUCGUGUCGGCUCGCGGUGUCCGAUACCAGAUGUCAGCCGGACGAUGUUUUCGAGCACAGGAGGGAGAAUUUUUGACCCGAAGACCCCUCUUGCCACGACAGACGACGCUUUUCAUAGCAGACGACAAAAUGAUCUUCACAACUGUGUCGUUGGCGAAGUAGGGUUAGUGGAGAAACUCUUGCCCGACGGUUAGCGGCGAAUCCACCGGUGUUUACUAACCUCUCAUAUGGUGAACAGUGAGACCUUACAAUAGUUUUGAUUGCGUUGUUAGUUUUUACUUUAAUUUUAUCCCGAUGGUACUUUGAUGGAUCGGUCAGUUCGCGAGCCUGUCGAUUUUUGUACCGCAUCCAAUUCCUCGGACGUUCCGGGACCAAGCUCCGGACCUAGUACGCCUCUUUCAACCGGACGACUUCUCUCGAGAAAUGCGAAUGGGACAAUCGCCAUGACGUCCCAGCCGACGAAUGAGUCGGAAUUGCAACUGUAUCGAGUCCUGCAGAGGGCCAAUUUACUUGCUUAUUACGACACCUUCAUAUGUCAAGGAGGCGAUGAUGUUCAACAAUUGUGUGAAGCCGGUGAAGAAGAAUUCUUAGAAAUAAUGGCUUUAGUUGGAAUGGCCAGUAAACCGCUGCAUGUGCGGAGACUUCAGAAAGCUUUACAAGAAUGGGUUAGCAAUCCAACUAUGUUCCAAACGCCCCUUGUCCCUGCUCUUCCCCCGAGUCACCCAAACCAUCACAUGGCGAGCAUGGGGGGCGCAGUGUCCCGGGCGGGCCUUCAAGGCAACAUGACCCAGGCUCAGCCCCCAAUGCCCAUGAGGCCAAGCCCGCCCAUCCCACCUAUGCUCACCAACAAUGCUCACUCGUCCCCUUCUCCUGGGCACGGAGCGCAAAGUGGUAGUGGGGGAGCCAAAGAGACUCCUGCCCAGAUGCAACAUCUCCAUCACCAGCAACAACAGCAUCAGCAACAACAUCAACAGCACCUUCAUCAACAACACCAACAACAGCAGCACCAUCAGUCACAUGCUCCGCCACAAACUUCGCAGCAGAGCUCUCAGCAGUUGCAGCAGCAGCAACAACAGCAGCAGCAGCAACAGCAACAACAGCAAUCUCAACAGCCUCCUCCGCCCACCCAUAGUCAAUUACAGCAGAUGUAUUCACAGUCCUUGCCACCUGGCUGCGGAGAUUUUCCUACCAGUGAUUCCCUCUUGGCUCUGACGCCUGUUCUGGUUGAAAGCCAAAUCCAGAGACUGUCUGAGACUACGGAAAGCAUGCUCCCGUCGCUUCUGAUGCAGUUUGACCCCAAACAUCUAAAUAACAAGAAGAGGAUUAGUAAAGAAUUAGAGUAUGUGAUGAACAUGGCCGAAGAUGAUCCUCGGCGCAUGGAUGAAAUUCGGAAAUAUGCAGCUAUUUAUGGAAGGUUUGACUGCAAAAGGAAAGCAGAGAAGCCACUAACUUUGCACGAGGUGUCGGUGAACGAAGCGGCAGCUCAGAUCUGCAAGCACAUUCCUGCUCUGCUUACUCGUAGAGAUGAGUUAUUCCCUUUGGCAAGACAAGUAGUGCGUGACAGCGGAUACCAGUACUCGAAAGGCCAUUCCAGGUCUCAAAUGUAUAACAAAACGUUUGACGAAGAAACGUGUAAAAGGCUUCGUUUAGAUGCAAGUCCUGGUCAAGCCGGAGAUACUACUCAAAUUGAAGAAGAGCGAAAGAAAAGACAGGAGAGACUGGAAAAGAUAUCAGAGCAAUUGAAACUGCUUGGGAGCCAGCAGGAAGAAUUGAAAACACGCCUUCAGCAGGCGAGGGAAGUUCAAAACUUUGCUGCUGUAACACAUUUGCAAUCUCAAUUGGAGCAAAUUUCUACGCAGCAGAUGCAACUGAUAAAUGAUCAGAGUGAAAUAAAUAAACAGUUAAGAAGGAUAGAAAGAUAUUAUCUUGGCGGAAAAGGCUGUGGGAGGUUAUCUUCUUGUUCAGAUCCUGAUAAAAUUGAUAACGAUGAUACUGAUUCGCAGUUUUCAGCAUAUAGCAAUGCAUCUUCUCCUACUUUAAGUCAUGAUGCUCAUGAUUCACCAUCCCAAGACUCAAAUCAAUCUGUCCAUACUACAGAUGUAUUUGGAACCAUGAAAAUGGUAAAAAAGACCAGUGCACAGAUAACAAAACAACUCGUGCAAGAAACAUUGAUGGAUGAAGGUCUACGCGUUGUUAAAGAACUUGCUAACCAAAUCAAAGAAGAAAGUGAAAUAUCUGCACUGGCCCCUCCAAAUGUCAGCCCACCAAGAAAUAACAAUAGUACAGCUACCAAUGGCCCUACACCCAUUUCCAACAACUCCAAACCCGAGACUGGAAGUCGUCCUAGAGGAAGACCUCCUCGACUUGAUAGAGACUAUUCAAUAUCAACAGCAUCUGCCACUGGAGGUGGCUCAAGAGCUCCUACUCCUAUGAGCCAUCCACCUCCAGCAUCUACUCCUUCACCUUCUACUACUAACAACACUAACAGUAAUAAUGGAGGAAAUGUUACUGCAACAUCACCAUCUGCUCAAAAUGGACGUACCAUGUCAUCCUCUGCUAUGAAUGGUCCAGCUUGCUCUUCUGAAUCCCAUAAUAACAAUAGUACUAACAUCCCAAUCAGUGCCUCAUCUCAUUCUGUUGACGGAUUUGCUAUGCCCAUGACGAAUGGAACGAAUGGCCUCAGCCAUCAUCAUCACCAUCAACUUCACCAUCAGCAACAUGGAAGUGGAGGCAGCAAUUCACCGGUUGUUGAUAUCACUUCUUCUCCUGAACCCAUGGGGAAAGGAGCUUCUAACAGUCUCAAUGCCCUUCUUGCCUUUUCUCAAAAAGGGAUCAAACAAGAGCCCUCUUCUCCAAAUAAUGCUUAUAAAAUAGACUGAGGCCUUCAGUAUUAAAAUGCUACAACCAAUCUGCUAAUGUCUCUCGUGUAGAUAAUUUUUUACGUUAGAAUUUAAUUUACUUUGAAUUGAUUUUUCUGUUUCAUAUAUUAUUUACAUUUCAUAAGUUUAGAUUUGUUACUUUAAUUCCUUAAAUAAAUUAGACAGUUAUUUAAUAUGCUUCAUGCCAGAAGAGGCGAAAAUGACUUAUUGCUAUUUACAUUUUGAAGAGUAGUUGUUACUAGUUGACGGCAUCAUUUAACAGAAGAUUCAAAUUUAAAAUAUUGUUGCAUAGAGAGACUCUUACAGAGAUGAAGAUUUAAUCCAUUCCAUUGGUGCAGUAUAAAAAUGAAUUUUGUGUGCAAUAACCUGUUAUUACAGUCCUUCCAUUCAUGGACUAGAGCCAAACUAUACUGAUUGAAAAAUUAAACUUGGCAGAAUAAUGUCUGUGAUUUAUUUGUUCUUCAAUCCAUGAAUAUACGUUUUAGCAAUUUUGAUGCUGACCUGGUCAGUGCUAUUUGCAAUGUGCCGUUAAUUUCAUGUAUGCAUGUUGCUUUCUGGAAGUCAUAGACCUCCACUCGCGCCUAGUCCGCCGAGACCAGAGCAGUGUUCGUCUGUCCUGAUUUCAGUAAAUGGCAGACGUUAAAAUUCCGAUGGAUCUUUCACUUUCAAAGAACCUCCUGAUGUGGUGCUCAGCAGGAGAUAAAUACAUUUUCCCUACAAAACUCUCCUCUUAUUCAGUGGUUUUCAAAACCAAAGCUUCAGGCCGGUGGCAUGAAACUUGAAAGACAUGAUUUUAGGGAUGUGUGUGUACAGAAUGAAGUGCAGAAUGAGCUUAAUCUUUGUAAAUCACUUGAAAUAAUCUCCUGCUCAUGAAGUGGAAACAUUCUCCGUAAAACCACUCCCAAUGCCAAUUAUGAGCACAGCAGAAAAAUUUCAAAGUUUUCUGUUCUCUUUUUCAUCUUUGUACAAAAAAGAUGAUAUAAAUAUAUAGCUAUAUAUAGGGGAAAUCAAAUAUUGGUGUUCUACAGAGAUCUGCUGUAUCAUCUUGAUUCAGAUAUCUGUGAUUGCGAUCAUUUCUGUGUCAUGCCCGUGAACAUUUUCUUACACAUUAAAAGUUUCCAAACGGACAUGAAGCAAAACCUGAACUUGUAUUACACAAGAGGAAUGGAAUGGGAACAAUGAAAUCCAUCUGAGUUGACAGACAACAACAAUCAGUGCAUUUAGUGAUAUGAUGCCAAAAUUGUAUUUGAGAAGGUGACGUUCCAUCUUAGUUUUCUAAAUUAAGAAUUGUGUGAUGUGAUAAAAUGUGAUAGUGUUUACACCCUUAAAUGUUAUGCACAGAUAGCAACCAAAGUCUCAAUCGCAUACAACCUUGUUCAGCAUUCUUUAAACUCCAUGCGCUGAUAGCCUAGUCUUCAAUUGAAGAAUAAAAGAUAAAUCUAUUCUAUAACCUUUAAAAUAAACAAAAUGCACAAACCCUAAUCUGAGUUUGGUCACAAAAGCGCUGGAGUGCAUAAGAGUGGAUACAUCAGUGUGGUUUUUUUCACAACUUGUUGCUUGCUGUAGGUUAUCAGAACAUCUUGAUUUUUGUUUUGUUUAUUUGCUAAACAAUCCAUUAUUCUGUGCAAAAUAUCAAAAAUUCUUAAAUACAUAGUGCUUAUAGCCUUGAACAUCAGCUGAUAAUAUACAUUAUUAGCUGAUUAAAAUUUCAACUGGCGAAUGAGACUUUCUCAUUGAAUGGGCUACAAGCACUAAUGAUAUUAAUCAUGAAUGCAAUAAGAUAAUUGUUUGAAAUACUUUUUUUAAAUUAUUUUUUCAAUACAAGGCAUGUAAUGAGUAAUCACUCUAAAUGCAAUAUUGAUAACACUAGCACUGCUCGCACUACAACAAAUCUUAGGCGAAUAGAACGUGAGUAGUGUGAUAGUGUUGAGUUUAUUGUAUAUCAAUUAAAAAUGUUCAAGGCUAUAUUGGUGUGCAUUCUUUUAGAUCCUGUAUAUCAAUUUAUAUAAUUUUUCCAAAAUUUAGAAUUGCCUUAGAUGUGGCUUUGAUUUUCCUGCUUGAAACAGGAUUCGUACAUUUUAAUUUUUGUUUGUAAAUAUGUCAAUAUAUAAGUAUUUAAUCUAAGAGUAAAUAAAUGUAACCAACAUAAUUGAAUGUUGACUAAUUUUAUUACAAUAUGCUUUUUGCAUGAAAAAUGUUGAAAAUACGUUUUUAAAAAUCCACUAUGUUUUUUUUUUUCGUUUUUUUUUUGCCCCAAAUUUGCAAUAAAAUUGGUAUAUAUAGCUGCACAAAUCAUUAUUCUGUUGUUAAGUUUAAAAAGUUAUGAAAAUUGCAUUAAUCAUGUUUAAUUUACUAUCUGUUAAAUUUUUAGCCUGUGUCUUCCUUUAAUUUAUCUCUUCAAGGUGCAGGGCUAAAACCUCAUUUACUUGUGCAAUAAAAUUAGGUGAAAUUGGGUUUUAAAUUUGUUGAAUUAUUUACAUGAUUAUGUUACCGUUUCUCAAGUCAAGUUAUAUUUGAAUUUAUGUAGUUGAAUCUUUUAAAUUACAUAUAAUGUUUGUGAAAAUUGUAAAAUUUUGAUGAUUUAUGUAACAAAAUGGUGGCGUCGUGCAUAAAACAUUAUCAGAGCUUGGUUAUAGAUUUGAUACGUUUUUCUUUCAUUUUUUACAGAUCACAUAUGCAAUACAUUUACCAAAAUUUUAGAAGUUUUUUUUUUUUUUCAAAGUUUUGGUAAAUGCUUGCCACCAAGAUGUUUAUAUGAUUACUUAAUGAUUUAUUACUUAGUAUGCUUCUUUUAAAUUAAAAAGUGAUAAAACUAUUGUUAAUGGUUUAGUUUUAUGUUUAAAUUAGAGAAAUAAUUGAUGUUAUAGUUAUAUAUUUAUCUUUACAGUGCUUUCAUAUGGAACAGUUGAGUUACUCAUAAACCAAUUUGCAAUAAUUAAAUGGUUUUUAACGUUUUUGUAUAUAUAUGUUAUUAACAUUUUAUGACAUAAUAAAUUAUUCGCUCUUCCAAGUAAGAAUGUAUUAUCCAAUAUUGUUGUUACAUAGAUUUCAGCUCCCAUUUUAUGAUGUCAGUGAAGGUAAAAUGUCCAAAAUUACAUUCUGAAGUGUACCAAACUGAAUCUUUGACUUAGACGAUUAAAGUCAAUCUUUUCUCCCCAUGAAGACUUUUUACCAUAGUCAACUUUGAAUUUAUAUUUCCUUCCUUAUAUAUUUUCUUUAACAAUUUAUAGUCAUCACUUUGUUUUCUUUUCUGUUGCCAUUUUAAAGUUAUUUAUAAUUAAUUAAAUGUGCUUUGACUUCAGCUGAGAAAUGAAGAGCCGUUUUAAUAUAUUUGUCCUGAUAUAUAGUAAGAUUGUGAGAUUGUCUAGCAUUUUGUAAUAUAUCUUUCAUUUGUGAGGUUGAAUUUAUAUGUUGUGAUACUUAGAAUAAUUACUGCAGCAGUUCUCAACAGUAACUUUUAAUUAAUAUAAGAUAAAGAAUGAAUUAGUUGCAGUCUUGUUCAAGAAAUCAUCAUUGAAUGUAAAAUUAAGAUUUUCUUUUUGUGAACAUAAUUUUUGUACAUAACACAAGACUGAUUAAUCUAUUCAUUCAUAUAAUUUCUGUUGAGAACUGUUGUUAGCUGUGUGCAACUGAAAACAAAUCAUAAAUCAAAAUGUAUGUGGAUUUUUAAGCUAAUUAUAAAAACUCUUCAUUUUUCAAGGUUUCCAAGCCUAGUCUAUAAUUUUGAUGGAAACUGCUGUUGUCAAAGCAAAUGAAAUGCGAUUGAGGUGUAUUUUUGUCAAGAGUGUUCCUGUUUUGGCUGUCAUAUCUGAAUAAAAUUCAAUUCCCCUUCUC